UGGUAGCGAAUAGUAUCUUUCAGAUGACAAUUCGAUAUGAAAGUUGGAUAAAUAAAGAGGUGUGCACGGAUCGCGGCUCGUUUAGACUUCAGCAAUUAAGACAAAAGAAUACUUUGAAAACAAAAAAGUGUUUGUGAACAAAUUAUAAAAAUUUCCGCAUCUCAGUGGCGAUAUCAUAAACAUUGCACGGAAUAAUAUAAGUAAAUAAAAGCUAUGUGCGGUGAAAAUUGCUAAUCGAAAAAUUAAAAAAAGCGACCGGGGCUAUUUUACGCUGCAGCGGCGUAAGCACCCUUAUAAUCUUGUAGUUGUUUUUGUGUGUACGAACUUGGUGGCGUUGUGCAAAGAACAAAAGUUCUGAUUUUGGUGGUGAAUCUGUAAACAAAAAAAGUUCCGUUAUAUUAUUGACUUAAAAACGAGUGAAAUCAAUAAAUAUAAAGUAAAAUAAUCAACCAUAUAAAUAUCUACAACACAUUUAAUAAGGCGCGCUAAACUACUAUUCGAGCAAAACAACCGGCAACAAUUUUUUUGUUCACAUUUCCCCCCAACAAUGAAAAUACCUAGCAAAAUUUGAAAAAAAAAAUCCAAAAAAAGUUGAAACACGUUUACACACAAUAUUGAAAUUAAUAUAUUGUACGUAUACUACAAUACAUAUAUACUUAAAUAUACAUCCAACCUACACAAUUGUAUAAAGUGACAAACCAAAAAAAAAAAAAAAAAAAGAAAAAAAAAAAAAAAUUAAAAAAAAAAUUAAAAAAAAAUCAACUAAUCAAAGUAAUCUGCAGUUAAGCUGAAAGUUCUCAUCCUCCCAGUAAACAUAUAUAAUACCACCAAUCAAUCCUACCACCACCACUCCACCACUAUUCAACUUCAAUUCGACUAAAUUCAAAGAUAGAAUUUGCAUAAAACUCAAGUCAUGCUAAACAACGCUACAAAUUGUUCGCCGCAUCCUUUACUACUACCAACACCAGAUCAUCCAAAUAUGAAUGGCUACAGUCGCAAGUCACCGUCGAAGCGUCGCUAUGAGGGCUCGAAGUAUCCGGUGUUGCCGAAGAAGAAGCCACGUACGGGCAAGGAGCGCAUACCGCAACCGAAGAACACCGUCGCCAUGCUGAAUGAGCUGCGCCAUGGCUUGGUCUAUAAGCUGGAAUCGCAAACCGGUCCGGUGCAUGCACCGUUAUUCACUAUAUCCGUUGAGGUCGAUGGCCAGAAGUAUAUGGGUCAGGGACGCAGCAAGAAGAUCGCACGCAUCGAGGCGGCUGCCACGGCGCUGCGCAGUUUUAUACAAUUCAAAGAUGGCGCCGUACUAACACCACUGAAGCCGACGUGUAAUCUCGAUUUCACAAGCGAUGAGCAUCUGGAAAACGGUAUUGUGAAUUAUGAGAACAUAAGCACGGAUAAAUUAGUCCCGCUUUUAGACGCACUGUUCAGGCAUGCGAAAUUUAUUAAAAAACUGACACCCUUCAUGAGGGUAACCGAUUGUGCAUUGAGCAUGACAAAUGUAAAUAAAAGCGCCAUCACUGUAGAUGGUCAGAAGAAAGUGCCAGAUAAGGGACCUGUUAUGCUGCUCUAUGAGCUCUUCAACGAUGUGCACUUCGAUUGCUCGACUGUAGAUGGCGCGCAGAACAAUUGUCGCUUCAAAAUGACAGUAACGGUGAAUAACAGCAAAUUCGACGGCACAGGACCCUCCAAGAAGCUGGCUAAAAAUGCCGCCGCCAAAGCCGCACUCGCUUCACUGUGCAACAUCUCAUACAGCCCCAUGAUGCAUCCGCAGAAGAAUGUGCCCUUGCCCAUUGAUGAUAAGACAUCGUCCAUGGAGUUGCCGCAGAUACACGCCGACACCAUCGGCCGUCUGGUAUUGGAGAAAUUCAUGGAGGUCAUUAAGGGACAGGAAUCGUAUUCGCGACGCAAGGUGCUCGCCGGCAUCGUGAUGACCGAAGACAUGAAUUUCAAUGAAGCCAAAGUAAUUUCCGUGUCCACCGGCACGAAGUGCGUGAGUGGCGAACACAUGAGCGUCACCGGCGCCGUGCUGAACGAUUCGCAUGCCGAGAUCGUGUCACGCCGUUGUCUCAUGAAAUACUUAUAUGCUCAAUUAGAACUACAAUGCAGUCAGACCACUGCAAAUCAGUCGAUUUUCGUGAGGAAUCAAGACAAUGGGCAAUACCCGUACAAACUAAAAUCCGGUGUUCAUUUCCAUUUGUACAUCAAUACAGCGCCUUGUGGUGAUGCACGGAUUUUUAGUCCUCACGAAAAUGACACUGGUGUUGACAAACAUCCAAAUAGAAAGGCGCGUGGCCAAUUGCGUACGAAAAUCGAGUCGGGUGAGGGCACCAUACCGGUCAAAAGCAAAGAAGGACUACAAACAUGGGAUGGCGUACUGCAGGGCGAACGUUUGCUCACUAUGUCCUGCUCCGAUAAGAUUGCACGCUGGAACAUCGUUGGCAUACAGGGCUCACUGCUGGCCUCGAUUAUCGAGCCGAUUUAUUUGCAUUCCAUAGUUUUGGGCAGUUUAUUGCAUCCCGAGCACAUGUAUCGUGCCGUCUGCGGUCGAAUAGAGAAAUCCAUACAAGGUCUUCCACCACCCUAUCACUUGAAUAAGCCACGCUUGGCAUUGGUCACAUCGGCUGAGCCGCGCAAUCAAGCCAAGGCACCGAAUUUCGGCAUCAAUUGGACAAUCGGUGAUAGUGAGGUGGAGGUGGUGAAUUCGCUUACCGGCAAAACGGUCAAUAACCAAAUAUCGCGCAUUACCAAGCAGAUGUACUUCAUGAAGUAUGGCUAUUUGAUGAAAAAUUUGCCCGGCAUACCGAAUCGCAAGCUCACAACCGAUUACGGGCAAACCAAGGAGAGGGUUAAGGACUACCAGAUUGCCAAGAAAGAGUUAUUUGCGGCUUUUCGUCGCGAAGAUCUCGGCAGCUGGCUGAAAAAACCAAUGGAACAAGAUCAAUUUGCGCUUCCGGAAUGACUCCAUUGUCAUCCUUUUGUUAUUAUUUAUGUUUGUUUGAGUACCGUGUGUCUGUAAGUGCGUUUGCCGUAUUAUGGAAUAGAGCUGCGCAACAGUAUUAGUACCAGUUUAGAAAACAAAAACAACAAAAUUUCUAUAUACAUACGGAAAAACAUAACAUUCAUUUUCAAAACUACAAAUAUUAACCAUUAACUGCAAAAUGGCGUGCUUCAGAAUCUCUUACGUAUUAUGUGAACUAUUUAUAACUACAACAAUGUUUCUACGUACAAGUCAACGGUUUGGUCACUAUAAUUUUGCAUAAUGGAUGUAUGUAUAUGUUUGUUUUUUAGUUAUAUUAUUAUUAUUUUUUUAACAUAUUUUCUUAUACUCCUAUAAAAUUUUUACUUGAGUUAAUAAGUUUUCUUAUAUUAAUUGUUAAGGAAAUAUGUGAAUUCAUGCUUUUAAUACAAUAAAAUUUUUUUAUCUUUAAUUUUAUUAUUUUUAAAUAUUUGUUAACAGUUAUUGUGUUUAUAACAGCAAUACUUGAGUUAUUUUUGUUUUUUGGUCCACGAACAAGUUAUUAUAAAUUAAACUUAAUUCAAAAAAGCGAACAUAUUUUAUUUUUAAAUUUCAACUUUUUAAGAUAAGCAGUUAUACUUAAAUAGCACUGAAAAUUGUUAUAAGUAUUCUGAAGCGAUUCUGCGGCGCCGUCAAUUCAUUUAAUUUUUUUAUUUCUUUGCGUUUCCACUAAAAUAUUAGGGAAAUGUUUAGUAUCGCGCCGGUUUAGUAUCGUUUAUGGAGAAAACCAGGGAGGGGUUACCCCCCCCUCACGCUCCCUUAUCGGAAAUAGGAAGGUUCGAACUUUUUAAUAAACCCCCCCUCGACCCCCUAGAGCCACUAUAGACCUGUAGGAGGCCCUUUGAAAAUGACCAAAAAUCGGUGUUUUUGCUCAUUUUUCUAUACAAACUGAAACCAAUGCAACCCAGCCAACAUUUUUGUAUGGACAAUAAUUCAAAAUAAAGAAACCCAAAAUGUUUCAGUGCAAUGUAUAUACAUAUUUAAUUGCAUCUAUUAAUGGUACAAAUUAUCUAUUAAUGCUACAAAAAAUAACCCUGGUCGGUCCAACACCCGGGUGUAUCAGAUUUUUUUCGCAUAGAACACCUUUUCGCGUUGGCGGCCUUCGGUCGCGCUUCAAAAAAAUAACCCUGGUCGGUCCAAGGCAGGUCAUGAAAUUAGGCAGUCAUUUUGGUUUUUCGCAUUAUUGAACUCAAUGCAGAAAAAGGUGUAUUUUAUUUAAAGAUUUACAAAGAAAUUAACAAUCAAAAGUAAUUAAAAACAUUACUAGUGGUUUUUAUAAUUCAUAAGUAAUAUAUGUGCGUGAAAAUGUAUCCAUAAUUGGUUUGGUACAAUGCACAACAGGUGAAAAUACACUAGCAUAUAUUGAGAAAUUUGCAAAAAAUAGCAUUUUUUAAAGUGAAUUUGUGCAAAAAUUUGUGAACCGAUUUUUAUAAAAUAUAGUUUGAUAAUUUUUAAAAUAAAGUUUGAUAAUUUAAGCAUACAUUCGUGUUUAAAAUUUUCAAUUCGGUUGUCUCGUUUAGGUACAGUGAGCCAAAAUUAACCGGCGCGAUACUAAACCCAACCCAAAUAUUAGUAUAUUAUAUGAAGUCGAACAACAAUUUAUGAUUGAAAUACUUUUUUCUGAGAAUUUAAUUUUAAAUUUUAUCUUAAAAUUGUUUUAACUGAAAAUAAUUUCAAAACUUGAGAGAAUAUGUUUUAAAUAUUAUUUUAUUGUUUGACAAGUUGGUUUGUUUUUGUUGAAUGAACACAAAACAGGGUCAUUCAUAUGCAAUGAAAUAAUUAGAAGUUCUUCGUAUUUUUUAAUACACUAUAUGUGAAGUGCCAUACAUAAAUUUCAAAAAUUUAAUUUUAAACUUAUUAAAAAAUAGCAGAAAAAAAAAAUAAAAAUUUUGAAAAAUUUAAUAUACAUAUGUAUGUAUGCAUAACAUUUGUUUGCUAUUUCUAAGUUUUUUUUUUUGCUUUUUUAAAUGAAUGUUUUUUAAUAUGUGCAUUUAACUUCUUUUUAAAACAAAAAAUUAUAUUUUUUUGUUUUUAAAUACGUGUAUCUAACUUUUUUUAAACAAAGAAAA